GUAGUUGUAGACUGACGGUGUGAACAGUACAGUUCUGUAUCACAAACAUGAAUUGUAAUCACUGUGUUUUCUAUGCCGUUGGAUUACUUGCAGCAUUUGCAUACGAUAAAAUAUCUCUCAACAAAAUCGCAACCCAAUCACAUUACCCUCCAAGUGGCACGGGUUACGAGGCUAGUAAAGCACUUGAUGGAAACACAGAGACGUGCAUGCGGACAAAUACCAUAGGAGACAACUCCCCAGACAAAACCGUUUGGUGGAAAGUAGAUCUUGGUGGAGUUUAUAGCAUUUACAGCAUCAACGUCCAGUUUAAAAACUACGACGGUUACGACAUCCGUCAAAGAGGAAGAUUUGCAGGGUUUUCGCUGUAUGUAUCAGACACUGAUGUAUCAUCUAUUGCUGAUAUAAAGGGUUCAACUCUCUGCUACAAGGAUGGACCUGAGUUACCUACCCUGAACUUUACAACAAUAUGUACAAAAUUCGGACGUUAUGUGUUAUUCUACAACGAACGGUUAAAGGAAGUUGAAUAUCCAGAUACAUAUCCACUCACCAAUGUCGUUACAGAGUUAUGUGAAGUUGCAGUACAAGGGUGCAUUAAUUUUGGUAUCUACGGCAGUAACUGUGACACUCCGUGUUCCUCAAACUGUAAAGAAAGCACAUGUCACAUACAGAGUGGAAAAUGUUUUAACUGUAAACCUGGAUGGACUGGAAUAUAUUGUACCACGAAAUGUAUAGAAGGAUGGCACGGUACAAAUUGUAGUAAACAGUGUGUAGGACAUUGUAGAGACGGAGCGUCCUGUAAUCACGAGACUGGUCAAUGUGAUAAAGGGUGUGCUGCUGGAUGGACAGGAUUACAAUGUACUGAAGACUGUAAGGACGGAAACUAUGGCUAUGAUUGUAUAAACAACUGUAGUGGUCACUGUCUGAACAACUCUCCAUGUAACAAACAGACUGGACACUGUGACGGGGGAUGUGACCCGGGAUAUACCAAUGUUUACUGUAACAAAGAGUGUACAUCCGGACAUUUUGGAUUGGAUUGCAGAGAGCUUUGUAGCGGUUACUGUACAAACAAUGAACCAUGUAACCAUGUCAAUGGAAUAUGCCAAAGUGGUUGUCAGGACGGGUAUAUGGAGUCCCAUUGUAAUAAAUCUUGCAAGACAGGAUAUUUUGGCAGAAAUUGUUCCCGGGUAUGUUCACCUAACUGUAAAGCUGACACAUGUCGGCACACGGACGGAUCGUGUACUUGUGUUGCAGGUUAUACGGAUUUUAAUUGUACCACAGAGUGUGUGUUGUCUUAUGGAGCAAACUGCCAGUCUCCAUGCAAUGCUUACUGCAUCAACCAGACAUGUGACAUAAUCAAUGGCAGUUGUACUUAUGGUUGUAUAGAGGGAAAACAAUGUGAUGAAGCUAAAAGCCAUCCCCAAACAGUUUCCUCGUCAGAGAAUAUAUCUGUAAUUGGAGCCAUGCUUGGCACAUGCGUGAUUGUGAUUAUCGGAAUUAUCGUAUCUUUUUUUGUGAUACGCCUAAGACGAAAAUCAACAGCGAUAGCAAAACGUCAAUCAUUUCUUUUGGAAACAAAGCCUUUACGUACUAAUAAUUCUAUGGUAGAACAGCCUAAGUUACCAAAUUGUAGAUCACAAGCUUUGUACCCAAAUGACGUCGUGGAGUCUACAUAUGCUUUGCCUGAAAAAACAAAAAGAGGUCCUCCAACUAAUAAGAACAUUUCUGUCAGGAAUAUGAAAGCACAAAUUACAAACAUGUCUUUAAAUGAGAACAAUGGGUUUAAAAGUGAAUAUCAUGACAUACCUCGUGGUGAGCUUCAUCCAUGCGUAGAGGGAAAGAAACCGGAAAAUAAAGUGAAAAAUAGAUACACAACUAUAUUCCCCUAUGAUCACUCACGUGUUAUACUAAAAACCGCUGCCAGCGAUCAAGGGGGAUACAUCAAUGCUAAUUACAUUGAAGAUACUAAAGAAAAACGGACAUACAUUGCCACCCAGGGCCCAAAACCAAAAACAAUAGCGGAUUUUUGGACCAUGAUUUGGCAAGAAGAAGUGUGCAAUAUUGUCUGCUUAACCAAUCUGACAGAGGGAACAAAGAACAAGUGUGCCCAGUACUGGCCAGAUAUUAACGACAAACUACAAGGCGGGACGUUGACUGUCAGACAUCUUGAGGAGAAAACCUACGCUGAGUACAUCAUCAGGCGAUUCAAGAUACACAACAAAUCGACCAGAACAGACCGUCACGUGACGAUGUUCCACUACACCACUUGGUCAGACCAUGGAGUGGCUGAUUCUCUAAGUUUGGUUGUGUUCCAUCGUCAGGUGAUUAGAGCAACCGCUAACUCUGCUGGGAAGUACGCAGUGGUACACUGCAGUGCAGGAGUUGGUAGGACCGGAACGUACAUUGCCUUAGACGCCCUCUACCGAGAAGGGGAGAGAACUGGUAAAAUCAACGUACCGAUGUACGUCAGAACAAUGAGAAAGGACAGAAUGAACAUGAUUCAGGGAGAUGACCAGUACAGGUUGGUAUAUCUAGCACUUAGAGACGCCUUCAGUGGUCGGUCCAAAUGUUUGAAAACAGAAAAGUUUCUGAGUUACUACCAAGAACAUUCCUGUUAUACCAAUUGUGGAGAUGUAGAGCAGAAGAAAUUAUAUUCUUCCGAUCUAGAGGAGUUACUGUCUCUGAGAAAGGAGUAUACACAGCAAGAUUACAUGUCUGGCCGGGCUCAAAUAUCGGCUAACUACUCAGAGAGCGUACUUCCUGUUGAAGAAUUCUUGUGUCAUCUGUCCUACAUAAAGGAUCAUAAUACAUACUACAACGCUGUUCUUCUCCAGUCUUUUCUUGAGAAAGACUCUCUUAUCAGCGCCCAGUACCCUCUACCAGACAACACCGAGGACUUUCUCAGACUGAUAAAGGACUUUGACGCACGUGUUGUCGUCUUCCUGUGUCCACUCAAGGACAUCGAAUCUACAUCCAAAUGGUAUCCAUCGGAAGGCCAAACAAAGUUUGAUGGAAUGUUCGACAUUAAGAACCUAUCCUCCACUAAGGCCUCAAACGUCACAAUUAACAGAUUAAAUAUACAGCCAACGGGGUUUAACCAAAUGGACAUAACUGUUUUGGAAUGCCCAAAAUGGAGAGAAAAACAGAAAACUUCUGAUAAAAGAAUUCUUUUGGAUGUAAUCAAGGCUGUCAAAACUGAAAAGACGAACGAAAAGGGACGGGUUCUAGUUCUGUCGAGUGACGGAGCUACACGCUGUGGUCCAUUCUUUGUUGUAUACAACGUGUUGGAACAGAUCUCCGUGGACAGAGAGGUGGACAUCUUUACAGCUGUACGUCAGAUCCAGAUACGGAGACCCGAGUGUGUCUCCACUGUGGAGGAAUACCAGCUUUGUCAUGACGCCGUGGCAGAGUAUCUCCUGAAUGACUGUGUAUAUGGAAAUUGUUGAAGAUACAUAAUGGAACACAAAACAAUUGAAACCUUUGAAAACUUUAGUUUUUACAAAAAUAUUUUCUUUUUUUGUACAAAUAUGAUCACUUUUUUUUUGGCUGAUAUAAAAAUGUUAUUGUCUUUUGCAUGUAUAUGUAAAUGUUUCGUUCCUAAAACUGUAGACUGCAUUUAUAUUGACUUUGUGGUUUUGUUUAUAAGAAAAGCAAUUUUUAUUUUACUUUAAAACUAAUUUCAAUUUCCUACUUUGAUACUGAGUUUAACUAUUGAUUUAACUAUGUGUAACUCACUAAUUGUUGAAGAUACAUAAUUGAACACUAAACAAUUGUAACCUUUGAAAACUUUAGUUUUUACAAAAACAUUUUCUUUUCUCUUAGUACAAAUAUGAUCAUUUUUUUUUGGCUGAUAUGAAAAUAUUAUUGUCUUUUGUAUGUAUAUGUAAAUGUUUCGAUCCGAAAACUGUAGUCUGCAUUUAUAUUGAUUUUGUGGUUUUGUUUAUAAGAAAAGCAAUUUAUUUUUUAACUUUUAAACCUAUUUCCAUUUCCUACAUUGAUAUUGAGUUUAACUAUUGAUUUAACUAUGUGUUACCCACUAACUAAACUAUUUGUAGUGUGUUUUUCCUGUUCUCGUGUUUUAAUUUGGACAUUAUUCAUGUUUAGAACUAAUUUCUAAUCUGGUUUUGUGUUAUGUAUAAUUAUAAAAUGUUAAAACGAACCUUGAAUCAUUGUUACUGUUUAUAAAACUGAUUAAUCCGAUUAAGUAGGUAUUAAAAAAAUACAAAAGAUAACCAAUUAAUUUUUCCAAUUAACUUUUAAAAUGUUCUGGUUCUUUUCGAAAACGGAAGUCUGUUAUCAACAUCUAGACUGUUGGCAUUUCAGAUUCAUUCAGCAGUACAUAAAUGUAAAAACCAAUCCUUAUCAUUGUAAACAAUUCACGAAACAUUUAAGUUAAACUUCCUUAUUUAAUAUAUUUGUACUUCUAAAUUUGUUAGUAAACUUGUCUGAUAUAUGUACAUGGAUAUACAAUGCUGUUUAGUAACAUCAUGGUUGCAAGGUUUAAUAUCCCUAUCAACAUUUAUCCAAAUUGAUGU